AAGCUGUUCCUCAUCUGCAUUUGUCUCUUCUUCUUCUCCAGAGUCUUCCCAAUCAGAGAGUCCCAACCAGGCCAGUGAUUCUGACAUCAAGGAGCAGCCAGAGAACGGUCACCUGGGCUUCCAGGACAGUUUUGUGACACCAGGCGUCUUCACAGUGGCCGAGCUAGUACGAGUCUCACAGACUCCCAUCGCAGCCGGCACCGGUCCAAACUUCUCACUGGCCGACCUGGACAGCUCCUCCUACUACAGCAUGAGUCCAGGAGCCAUGAGGAGACCCCUGCCCAGCACCUCCUCCUCCAGCUCUGCCAAGAGGAUAAAGUGUAUGGAGGAGGACGUGGACAGUCCAGGAGAAGAGUCCUAUUACCCGAGUCAGGGUCGCUCUCCGGGCAGCGGCAGUCAGGCCAGCAGCUGGCACGACGUGGAGCCAGGGAUGCCGUCGCCCGCUGCCGCCGCUCUAAAGAAGUCAGAGAAGUCUGGUUUCUGCGGAGCUGUGUCUUCACCGAGCGGCACCUCCUCUGCCUCCACCUCCUCCUCUUCUUCCUCCUCCUCCUCCUCCCCCCGAACGGCUUUCACACACCACCACCGGCCUGUCAUUACCGGGCCUCGAGCGAGCCCCCAUGCUCCGCCCUCCAGCCUCCACUUCUCCUCCUCCCCCAUCCUGCAGCAGCCCGGCUCCUACUUCUCUCACCCGGCCAUCAGGUAUCACCCGCAGGAGACGCUCAAGGAGUUCGUCCAACUGGUGUGUCCUGACUCCGCCCAGCAGGCCGGACAGGUGGGCUUCCUCAACGUAAGCACACACACACUCACACUCACACACUCACUCACUCACACACUC